CUCCGCAGCAGCAAACAUAACGUAACGCAUUACAUUCAUUUCAUCAUUAAAUUAUUUAAUAUAAUAUCCCAUUUAAUUAAUUUAUUUUAUUUUCCAUAAAGAAACCGUCAUCACCUUUUACAACGAACCUCUCUUCAAUUUCAGAUCUGAAGCCAAAGUUAUCAUCUUUCGUUUCUUCACAAUUCAAAUGCUUCACUGGGUUCACAAAACCCCAUUACCAAUUACCAAUUUUUGAAAUUUGAAAAAUUCAAUUCAUCAAAGAAAAACAACAUGUCUGAAGCAGGCCAAGCCAUGGACAUGAGUUUUUCCAAACCAAAACCAUCUCCGGCCGCCGAUCACGGCCGUGGAACCAACCCGCCGAUGGAUCAUGUUCUAUUGGCUUUGCGUGAGACUAAAGAAGAGAGGGAACUUCGAAUUCGGAGUUUGUUUAAUUUCUUUGAUGCUGCAAACAAUGGUUACUUGGAUUAUGCUCACAUUGAAGCAGGGUUAUCUGCACUUCAGAUACCUCCUGAAUAUAAAUAUGCUAAGGAACUUUUCAAGGUUUGUGAUGCUGAUAGAGAUGGGAGAAUCGAUUAUCACGAUUUUCGACGUUAUAUGGAUGAUAAAGAACUUGAACUUUACCGUAUUUUUCAAGCUAUUGAUGUUGAACAUAAUGGUUGUAUUCUUCCUGAAGAACUUUGGGAUGCACUUGUCAAGGCUGGUAUUGAAAUUGAUGAGGCGGAACUUGCUCGCUUUGUUGAACAUGUUGAUAAGGAUAAUAAUGGAAUUAUCACUUUUGAAGAAUGGAGAGAUUUUCUUCUACUUUAUCCUCAUGAAGCAACCAUGGAAAACAUAUAUCAACAUUGGGAGAGGGUGUGCCUUGUAGACAUUGGAGAACAAGCUGUGAUUCCUGAAGGCAUCAGCAAGCAUGUGCACAGGAGUAGAUAUUUUAUCGCAGCAAGAGUGUUGGUUCCUACAUUCCACCCAAAGCUAGUGUUUUGCAAAAGCACAGCCGCAGGCAAAGGCGCAGCAGAAGCAUGGGUGGCGGAGGAGGAGGCAGUAGCAACAAAUUGUGAUAAAAAGCUUGAGUUCUUCAUGCCUUUUCAAAUUCUUCCACCUGUUUAGUAACUUCAAACAUAAGUCAGGAAACCAGAUCAAAUCCGGAUCACAUUUCGCACGUCUAAUUGAUUCAACAUUUUAUAUUUAAUACCAAUCUGCAAGAAAGCCAGAUUGAGAUGGAAAAACACAAUCAAGUAGCUAUAACACGCUUUAUAGUGCACAUAUAAGGUCAUGGAUGGUCCUGCUGUCAAAAAAAAGUCAUGGAUGGUCCUGCCUUAUAAUUGUGGGGUAUUAGAAGAGAAUAAAGAAGCUCGAAUGGAAUGUGGUAACACAUCCAUGGGAUCUUUUACUUUUACAAAAGAGACAUUUAUAGUACCUUCUACAAUCAUAACUUCAAAAUCCUCACAUCACAGUAAGGAGAACAAUAGUGUGAGCUCUAUGGAAUCGACAGACAUAGAUACUCAUUUUCCUUUGCAAAAAUAAACAAUAAUGAAAAAGAUGCAUAUCCAAAACCAUUUGUAUUUCCAAAAUCACAUUAAUCUCGAAAAGAGAGCAUUCCUAGGCUGAACAAGAA